AUGUAUAAUCUGGCUGGAUCCGAUUGCCAAGAAUAAUACGAUUACGAUAACAUCGGGGGUAUGAUAUAAAAACCUAAUAAUAUUAAUAAGGUAAUAGGAAGAGUGGGUGUGUCUGCGUGGAUGGCAGUGCUGGUGGUGGUUGGAAAAUUGAAUCUACAAGCAUUACUACUUGGUGCCUACUACCUCUGGUCUCUUUUUGUGGAUUUCCUGUAUGUUUUUUGGCUUAUUGUAUCUGUUGGCUGGAAUACGUACGCUGUGCAGUAUCUCGUCUUCAGGUUAAUUCUGUCUUGUACAUGUACUACCAGUACUUAGUACUCUAUACUCUAAUACGCAUUGUUGAGCAUAGUUAUCGAGUACCUACAGAGUAGAAGGAGU